AACACAAAGAAGAAAAAUUGCUGCUGCCGUUUUGUUGCGGACUGUGGAUCCGGGUUGCUCGCGUGGUUCCUGGCCUGCCUUUACAAGAUCCCGGUAUCAUCGUUCCGCUUGAAGCAAGCAGAGAUUCCGCCUCCGGUUGUGGAAGAGCGGCUUUUCCUGCCGCUUCGGAGACCGAGCAUGGGCAAUCAACCCAGCUUCGUUCAAAGCGAAACGCUUCUUUGAGACGCUAUCCUAGAUGGAUUUAGCAAGAAGAUUUCUACGAUCGAGGAUUUCCAAACUCAAAACCUAAGGUGAUCUCCAACAUGGAGAGAGGGGAAGAAAACCAGAAUCUGGAUCCAGAGAACCUUCUGGAAGGAAUGAUCUCAGAAGAAUGGAGUUUGGAUGAUGACAAAAUGGCUUCUGCUGCCAUUACCGUUGCCACGGCAGCAGUGGCUGCAGUGAAAACCAUCAUUGGGGUCCAGUCUCGUAUCUUCACAAGACUGGCCAUGCGGCAGAAGUUUCUGAGGCGGGAACAAGAUGACUUGAAUGAACUUGAGCAGCUGGUAGAAAAUGCGGCUGCUGCACGCCUCAGGGCUGUUGUCGAAUCGAGCAUCGACUCUUUGAAAGCCAUGAUGUGCUCCUGUCUCUUCCAGUCACCUGCUGUCCUUGCCGGCUUGAUAGAUGAGCUGUACAUCAUGGAACGUGCCUUCUGGGUGCAACCAGGCCGCUCAGAGUGGUGGGAGAAAGUUGUCUUGCCCCAUUGGGAUGACCCGCUUUGGCAGGAGAAUUUCAGGAUGAGCCGGCAGACUUUCAUGGAGCUGUGUGCCAUGUUGAGGCCAGUCCUAGAGCGGCAGACCACCAACAUGCGGGCCCCCAUUACUGUUGAGAAGCAGCUGGCCAUUGCUGUCUGGAAGCUGGCGACUCCUGAUAGCUACAGGUCAGUAGCAGAGUGUUUUGGUGUUGGCCGCUCCACUGUCUCAAGGAUUGUCAUGGAAGUUUGCCAGGCACUUUAUGAUGUUUAUCACCAUGUGGUCCACCUGACCCGUCCUCAUGAGGUGAUAAAAGGGUUUGCGGCCAAAGGAUUUCCUCACUGCAUUGGGGCCAUUGAUGCAACGCAUAUCCCUAUCAUUGCUCCUGCACACCGAGCUACAGAGUACAUCAACAGCAAAGGCUAUUACUCUAUGGUUCUGCAAGCCCUGGUGGACCAUGAGGGCCGAUUCACAGAUGUGUAUGCCGGACGGUCCGGGAAGGUGCAUGAUGCAAGAAUCUUUCGCAGCUCUCCCAUUUUCCGUGCCAUGAAUCAAGGCACAUUUGGUCCCAAUGCCAUUAUGGACAUGGAGGGUGAGCAAGUGAAACCAGUGAUCCUCGGAGACCCUGCUUACCCUCUCCUGCCAUGGUUAAUGACACCUUACAGUGGCCACCUGGACACCAGCAAACAGCGGUUCAAUGACACCUUGAACUGCUGCCGGACAGUGGUUGAAUAUGCUUUUGAGCGUCUCCGGGGCCGUUGGCGAUGCCUGCUGUCCCGCCUAGAUGUGAGGGAGCGCUAUGCACCCAGGGUCAUUGUGGCCUGCUGCAUAUUGCAUAAUAUCUGUGAAGCUAAAGGGGAGCCCCUUCAGGAGGGGUGGGAAGAGGUGGUGAGAUCUGUCUCAAGAUCCUACCAGCAGCCAGAACGACAGCCUGUGUAUGUGUCAAAUCCCCAUGCUCGGGAGAUCAGGGAUCUUUUCAGCACAUACUUGCAAAGGAGAGAGCAGAGAAACUGAAAUUUGAAUCUGUUUUGGGGUUCCCCCCCAAAGGAAAUUUUGAUUCUGGCAUAAGCAAAAUGCCAUCUCUUUUGUACAAUUGUUUUCCAAAUAAACUUGUUGAUGUUUUUUUGAUUGGAGGGAAAAAAACAAA